ACUUUGCCACCUCCCACCUUGGGUUCUCACCUGACUCCUGGAGCCUAUUUCUUCAUUGCAGUGUGGCCUUCUCAGCAUAGUUGUGAGAGAGUGAAGACUGACGCGAGCCUCUCACCCAGGCUGUGAGCUCCUGGGAUGCUCUGGGCAUGGCCUGUGACACAGAGGACCCCCAGGGCUUCCUGGACACACUCUUGCAAGACUUCCCAGCUCCACUGAGCCCGGAGAGCCCUGUGCCAUGGAAGGCCCCAGGGACGGUGUUUAGCCAGGAUGAGGUGGAGGCUGAGCUGGCUGAGCUGGCAAUGGGCUUCCUGGGCAGCAGGAAUGCCCCUCUGCCACUUGCUGCAUCCCUGACCCACGCGGCAGUUUCCCGGCUGCUACAAACGGACCUUUCUAAAUUCAGGAAGUUGCCCAGGGACGAGGAGAAGGAGGAGCAGGCUCCUGUAACCCUCCUGGAUGCCCAAGGCCUGGCACAGAGUUUCUUCAACCUGCUCUGGGAAGUUGCCAGCCAGUGGCAGAAGGAGGUGCCACCUGCCACCAGGACCCUGCAGCGGCAGUGGCUGGUCUCUAUCCACGCCAUCCGGAACACUCGCCGUAAGAUGGAGGACCGGCACGUGGCCCUCCCUGCCUUCAACCAGCUCUUUGGCUUGUCUGACCCUGUGGACCGCGCCUUCUUUGCUGUGUUUGAUGGUCAUGGAGGGGUGGACGCGGCACGGUAUGCCGCUGUCCAUGUGCACGCCAACACUGCCCGCCAGCCGGAGCUGCCCACAGACCCGGCAGGAGCCCUCAGAGAAGCCUUCCAACACACUGACCAGAUGUUCCUCAGGAAAGCCAAGCGAGAGCGGCUGCAGAGCGGCACCACAGGCGUGUGUGUGCUUAUCGUGGGAACAACCCUACAUGUCGCCUGGCUGGGGGACUCCCAGGUUGUCCUGGUGCAGCAGGGACAGGUGGUGAAGCUGAUGGAGCCACACAGACCAGAACGGCAGGACGAGAAGGAGCGUAUCGAAGCACUGGGUGGCUUUGUGUCUCACAUGGACUGCUGGAGAGUCAAUGGGACCCUGGCCAUCUCCAGAGCCAUCGGGGAUGUCUUCCAGAAGCCCUACGUGUCUGGGGAGGCAGAUGUGGCAUCACGGGAGCUGGCAGGCUCCGAGGACUACCUGCUGCUCGCCUGUGACGGCUUCUUUGAUGUUGUCCCUCACCAGGAAAUUGUGGGCCUGGUCCAGAGCCACCUGGUGAGGCAGCAGGGCAGUGGCCUUCAUGUUGCCGAGGAGCUGGUGACUGAGGCCCGGGAGCGGGGCUCACACGACAACAUCACGGUCAUGGUGGUCUUCCUCAGAGACCCCCGAGAGCUGAUGGAGGGUGGGAACCAAGGGGCAGGGGACUCCCAGGCAGACAGGAGGAGCUGCGACUUGCCCUCUGGCCUCUCAGAGCCUGAGACCCACGCUCCACAGAGAGGCUAGGUGGUCCAGGCCCCUGCCCAGCCCCUCCUCCCACCCUGGCGACUCUCCUCAGAGUCCUCGGGGCGGCAGCCAGCAACGGGCAGGGGUGGCCCCACACAGUGCUUUCCCCAGCACCCAGGAGCUGCUCGAGGUGUUAGCCGCUGCCCACCCUAUGGCUAUAGAACUGCUAGCAGAAGGAAGCUGAGGGAGACCUCACCAAAGAGAAGGUGGUCUGGGAGCGGCCCGGCUCCUGCUCCUGCUCCUGCUCCUGCUCCUGGUCCCACUGGGCCAGGGGUGGGACCAGAGGCCAUAGGCACCUGUGGGAGCCAAAUCAAAGACACUGGUGUGUGGAGUGACGCAGUUCAUAGGGGUGGAACCUUUGGACAGACCCAGAAGCCAUAGGGGUUGGGCCUAGCUGGCAGUGUGUCUGACCCAGCUUUCUCAUCCUGGUUGGCCACACUGGCUUCCCCAUGGGGAGAGGCAGCCCUGUUGGGAAGAGAGUGGGGAGCCCCAGGGGUCCAAUCCACAGGGGCCACCCUCACUCUACGGGCCAGGGUGUCCUCAGGCCACUCUCUUUUCCCUCCAGCACACUGGGAGGAGAAGCUCAGAAUGAUGUACACUUGUCUUUGGUGCAUUUGAGGUUUUUUUCCAGGGAAAAGUCUAAUUCAGAAGCAGUGUUUCAGGUUUUAUCAGUGCCAAGGUGACCCGUUGUGUCAUAUAAUUUAAGCAGAGCUUAGUGUUUAUUUUAUUCCUUAGAAAACUUAAGUAUUAACUUUUUUUUAUAACUAUUUUUCGAGGAAACUUUUUUUGCAGUAUUAUUGAAUUUAUUUUCAAAAUCAGGAUUGGAAUAGGAACUUUUCCAGGUGGUGUUAAUAAGCCAUUCAAGUGCCUUAAACAGCUUUUGAAAAGGCUAGAACUCCUAUGCCUGUGAUAGAUUCUGAUAGACGUGUUGAAGUUUUUACAAAAGCAGGAUUUGUUUUCUUGGGCAAGCAUGAUUUUGGCUGGAAUCUUUGUGGAAGAGUCCUUUCUGCCUCUUGGCAAUUUGGAGUGCCCCAGGAGCUUCCCUGAGGGAGUUGCGGCUGCUUUAGGGCAGUGCCUGGGCCUGACCGCAGGGCUCCAGGCAACCAGGGUGACCGUCACCCAUCCACCUCCACACCCACCCAAUGGCCUGAGCUGGAGCCCAGGCAGUCUCUGGCUAGAGCCUAGGCAGCAGGACCUUGCUGAUGUUUGACUGGAACGGCCCCAAAUGUCUUGUGUCUUUGUAAUCAAACUGGUCUCGUGGGGAAUGACAAUUAAGAGGCUCUGGCCCAGAGGCAGCCUGUGAGUCUCUGGCUUUGCCUAGAAGCAGUGGGGAUGCCACUGGUAGUCUGAUGGCACAGGCCACAGCUCCUAUCUCGGGCCCCAGGGCUGGCGGCCUCUCCUGCCUUGCUCUGCCCUGUGACCUGAACAGCAUGGGAGAGUGCCCCAUUCCUGGCACCCCCUGGAGAGCUUGGGCUCCCAGUGACCACAAUUGGCUGCUUUGGGGAGCUCACAUAGCAUCUGCAGAGCCCAGAGUAAUAGGGCUGGACGAGGGUGUCAGGCAGAAGACAAGGACAUGGGUCAGCAGGCUCAGGAGGGCUGAGUCUCAGCCAGGGCUGCUUCAGGCAGUGGCCAGUGGAUCCAGGCAGGGUCAUAGGUGGCUCAGCCAGGGCUUCUGGAGGAGGAAUAAAAAGGGGGAAGAAUCUUGAUCCCUGGUUCUCAGCAGGGUUCUCAGCCUUCCAAAUGCCACAACCCUUUAAUACAGUUAAAAGGGGUCACAAACCACAGGUUGAGAACUGCUGCUGUAGGAUGUUCAGAGCCCACCUGCAGACAGUAGGGCCCCAGAAAGGAGUGUCUUAGCCCUGCUCUCAGCUUUACAGAGGCACAGAAGUCCACCCCACUUACAGCACGUCCAGCAGGGGGAGCCAGCCUCUCUGGGGCCUGUCACCUGGACGCCCAGCCUUCCGCUCUUUCCCCUACUGUGAAGGGCUUGAGACUGUGCAGUCAGUGCCGGGCCCAAGGUCUGAUAAAAAGCAUCUUAAACAUAGUUACUGUCAUUCAGAGAACGAGCAGUUGGCCACCAGCAAGGACCAGGUAUUGCUCAGCUUAACUCAAAGGCCCACUGUCCCCCCGGGGGCCUCAGCGUAGAACUGCCCGUAGGCAUGACCUUGGGAGGGAGGGAGCUAUGGGUUUCUGUUUUUCUCUUUCCUUUGCUCAUCUUAUUCUGUCCAUGGCUGUCAAGAGUGGAGCUUUGCCCUGCCGGAGGUGUGGGUCACAUUUGGUGGUGUGAGUCAUACCCUGGCUGGGGGCUCUCCAGGAAGUUGCUCUAAGCUUGUAGAAGCACCUCCUCUGACCUUUGAGCCCCACUACGAUGGAGAUGGCCAAGCCCCUGCCUGGCAGAGGUCUAACAGCCAGCAUCGGGACUGCCCUGUCCUCAUCCUCCUACCCCGUGCAGGGGCUGUCCUUGUGCCAGCACUUAAGCACAGAGAAGAGCUCCUCCAUCUCGACUGGAGCUGGGCUGAGAGUCAGCUGGCAUCUUCAGCCUCUGAGACUCCUGGGUCUUCUCAUUUUGUGGCCAUGGUCCCAUGAGGACCCCUAGCCAGCGACACUGUGCUGGAAAUCAAUCCCUUUCUCAAGCCCCAGCUUUGCCACUUGCUUGUUGUAUGAGCUUAGAAGUCGCUGCACCUCCCCGGCCUUGGUUUCCCCUCUUGUGAGGCACAGGGGUUGUGCUGAACCUGCAGGCGCUGCUCUAGGUGAUGCUCCGGAGCUGAAGGCCCUUCCCAGCUGCCUGCAGGGAGGGGAGAUUAAGUAUUAUUAGUUUCUAUUUUUAAAAUUAAGUGGGUUGGAAAAGAAUUGAGCCACAGAUGCCAGCGCCUUAUAUAGAAUACAAAAGCCGGAGAGACGAGCCUCGCCUGGCUUUUACAGGUACUGCAGGCAGGUGGGGACAGAUAGUACUCUGUACCUAUCUAGUCAGAGUCCCAGAGGCAGCCCCAGCUCAGAAUAGGAAAUGGACUUGUUUUAGGGGGCAAGGGACAGGUGUGACAUCAGGGUCCCAGGACCCAUAGGAGGACCACAGGCUCUCUGAGGUCCUGGGCCAGCCCCUACCCUUGACUGCAGCCUGUCUCCUGCCCCCUGCAGGCCCUGGCUACCUCAGCAGUGUCCCUGGGCUGGGAGGACAGCCCUGGCCUUUCGUAAGCCCAGCCCUGCCCCAGCUAAACAGAAGCCGGGUGGGCCUGUGCAAAGGAAGCUGUGUGUUUUGCUUGAUUCUCCCUCUGUAGCCCCUGGAGUCUGUACUUCUUAUCAGGGCAUCACAGCCUUGCCAGGCGCACCGUGCUGUCCUUGCCAGGAGUUUGUCUGCACAGCUUGGUGCAUCUCCUGGGAGCUGUGUUCUAAGACAGGAUGACUGUUUCCCCUGCUCUUAGGAACAAGUCUCAAGAUACAGGGUCCAGCAGGGUGUUCUGGGGCCCACUGUGCAGAAGUGCCAAUAAACCAUGAGUUCUGAGUCUCUA